CAAAUCCCGGGGCGCUGGAGCGUGGGCCGGGGCCGUAGGGCGCCUGCAGACGGCCCCUGGAGAAGGGCUCCUGCGGGCUGAGCGCUCCGUAGCGGGGGUGCGGGCAGAGCAGGAAGCGGGUCCGCGUGGGAGCGGGGGGCGUCAGCCACCCGGGUGGUCGGGGCAGAAUAGUCAGGGCAGGCCAGGCAGUCACCCCAGGGGUGAGCGACUUUGGGGGAGUUGGUGCCCCGCCCCCCAGGCCUUGGCGGGGUCAUGGGGGCCCCCCAUUCUGGGCCGGGGGGCGUGCGAGUCGGGGCCCUGCUGCUCCUUGUUUUUUUGGGGCUGGUGUCUGGGCUCAGCCUGGAGCCUGUCUACUGGAAUUCGGCGAAUAAGAGGUUCCAGGCAGAGGGUGGUUACGUGCUUUACCCUCAGAUUGGGGACCGGCUGGACCUGCUCUGCCCCCGGGCCCGGCCUCCUGGUCCUCACUCUUCUCCUAAUUAUGAGUUCUACAAGCUGUAUCUGGUAGGGGGUGCCCAGGGCCGGCGCUGUGAGGCACCCCCUGCCCCAAAUCUCCUUCUCACUUGUGAUCGACCAGACUUGGACCUCCGCUUCACCAUCAAGUUCCAGGAGUACAGCCCUAACCUCUGGGGCCAUGAGUUCCGAUCACACCACGAUUACUACAUAAUCGCCACAUCGGAUGGGACCCGGGAAGGCCUGGAGAGCUUGCAGGGAGGUGUGUGCCUUACCAGAGGCAUGAAGGUGCUGCUCCGAGUGGGACAGAGUCCCCGUGGAGGGGCUGCCCCCCGAAAGCCUGUGUCUGAAAUGCCCAUGGAGAGAGAUCGAGGGGCAGCCCACAGCCUGGAGCCUGGGAAGGAGAAUAUGCCAGGUGACCCCACCAGCAAUGCAACCUCCCGGGGUGCUGAAGGCCCCCUGCCCCCUCCCAGCAUGCCUGCAGUGGCCGGGGCAGCAGGGGGGCUGGCGCUGCUCUUGCUGGGCGUGGCAGGGGCUGGGGGUGCCAUGUGUUGGCGGAGACGGCGGGCCAAGCCUUCGGAGAGUCGCCACCCUGGUCCUGGCUCCUUUGGGAGGGGAGGAUCUCUGGGCCUGGGGGGCGGAGGCGGGAUGGGACCUAGGGAGGCUGAACCUGGGGAGCUAGGGAUAGCUCUGCGGGGCGGUGGGGCUGCAGACCCCGCCUUCUGUCCCCACUAUGAGAAGGUGAGUGGUGACUAUGGGCAUCCUGUGUAUAUCGUGCAGGAUGGGCCCCCCCAGAGCCCUCCAAACAUCUACUACAAGGUAUGAGGGCUCCUCUCACCUAGCUGUCCUGGAUCCAGCCCUUCUUGGGGUGCUCCUUCAGUUUAAUCAUGGUUGGAGGGACACCUCUAGCAUCUCCUUGGCCCCCUCUGCCCCACCAGCUCCUUUGUUCCUCCUGGCUGUUGCCCUCUUCUCCACUUUUAGGAUUCCUUAAGACUUCCACUGAACCACCUCCUGCCCUCUGGUUGGCCACGUGUGCCCAGCUCUGUCUCUGUGUUCCUGGGUCCUAUUCCCUUGGGGAGGGGGCAGAGACUCAGCCUCCUUUUCUGACCACGACCCAGGGAUCCUUGUCUCCCUCGCCCACCGAGAGCUAGGGGCGGGAACAGUCUGUCUUUUGGUUGGCACCUCUUUCUUUCUGCCUCUCACUGUUUUUCUCUUCUCUUCUCUCUCUCCCUCUUAUUCUCUUUCUCCCUCUUCUGUCUCUAGGUCUGUUCCUCUUCCCUAGCAUCCUCCUCCCUUCAUCUCCUUUUACCCUCUUGGCUUCUUAUCCUGUGCCUCUCCCAUCUCCUGGGUGGGGGCAUCAAAGCAUUUCUCCCUUCAGCUUCCUCUUCUGACCUCUCUUACCAACCACCCCCCUCAGUCUGCCAAAAAUGGGGGCCUUAUGGGGAAGGCUCUGGCACUCCACCCCAGCUCAGGGCAUGGGCAGCAGGGCCUCCUUCUCUGCCCUGCCCCAGGCCUUUACAUACUUACUCCAGCCAUUUGGGGUGGUUGGGUCAUGACAGCUACCAUGAGAAGAAGUGUCCCGUUUUGUCCAGUGGCCAAUAGCAAGAUAUGAACCAGUCGGGACACAUAUGGACUUGGUCUGAUGCUGAAUGGGCCACUUGGGACAGGAAGUGACUUGCUCCAGACAAGAUGUCACCAGGCCUGGACAGAAGUGGCCUGGGAAGUGGCAGAAGCAGUGCAGCAGGAACUGGAAGUGCCUUCAUCCAGGACAGGAAGUAGCACUUCUGAAAUAGGAAGUGGUCUGGCUGGAACUCCAAGUGGCUUAGUCUGGGGGUGGGGGGAGGCGGAUGGUUCUUACUCUGUGGAGAAGGGAGGGCAGGAAGAACUUCCUGUUUCAGGAGGAAGCUGGAACUUACUGACUGUAAGAAGAUAGGCCGGACUGAGGAGGAUUUUCCUAGUAUUCAGUGGCGCUUCCCAAGAUCUCCCUUCCCUGUUCUCUGUGCUUUUAGGACAGCUAAGAUGACUGCCAUCUGCUGUGGCAGGCCCAAUUUGUCUUGUUCUUCCCUUUCCAUAUC